GCAGUAAAAGUCCCCUUUCGCAAGCGUGCGGUACAUAGCCUCUCCACAAAACGGACGUAAAUUCGAUUUAUUGCGUGUUGUGCUCAGCUAAAAUAACAGAAGCACCCUACCGCCUGGCCUCGGCGUGCCUUGCCUGAGACAACAUUCCUGGCUGUCGGUCGUACAUGGCAGCACAUACACAUACACAUACGUAAGGGCACCAUUACACAGAUAUAUAAUUUAUUUGCAUGUGCCAGCAUAUGUGUGUGCGUGUGUGUGUGUGUGUGUGUGUAAUACAUAAAUAUUUGCCAAGAAAACAAGGAGUCGAGAAGAAAAAACCAGUCGAGCAACCCAAGAAACUCACAGUUCGCAUAUCAGCUAAUAGGAAACAACAGCAAUUGUGGCAUUUAGCAAGUGACGUAUCUCCCUCUCUCCAUCGGAGUGCACUAGAAAAGCAAACAAGUAUCAGUUUCCCACAACCGCCCAAACCCAACCUCCAGGACGUGGCCCACAACAACUGCCUUGGAAAACGAAACCUGUUCCGCCACAACCACACACCCCACCCAGAAGCAGGGCCGACACGGAAACGGAAAGGAAGGAAGGAAGUUGGUGCAAUUGAAACCUCCAAUAGUUUGUGCGCACCACCUUCGGCAUAGCCCACACCAUCACCAUAGGCACCGCCAAGCAGACAGACAUACAAUCCAAGGACCCAGGAGGUGCACAGUGCAAGCGGUCAUGUAAGCUCAUUUCAGGUCAAACAGAUCGUUUAGCUCAACCGCGAAUGUCGCUACUGAGGAAGCCUAUCAACUACAAUCGUGGCAGCCGCCGCGAUGCCCGGUACAGGAGACUACAAAGUCGGGUUUACAAUUUCCUGGAGCGACCCAGGGGAUUGCCGGCUGUCCUGUACCAUGUGAUGGUAUUCCUCAUGGUCUUCACCUGCCUUGCAUUGAGCGUAUUCUCAACAAUCAAAGAGUACGAGGAGGACGCUUUGUACAUAUUAUUUAGGAUGGAAAUAUUAGUUGUUAUUUGGUUCACAAUGGAAUUUUUCUUACGGCUGUGGUCAUCCGGUUGUCGUUCGCGAUACCAAGGAUGUGUGGGUCGUCUAAAAUUUGUAAAGCGACCAUUUUGUAUUAUAGAUAUUAUUACUAUAGUUGCUUCCGUAGUUGUAUUAGGCAUGGGGACAUCGGGCCAAGUAUUCGCCACAAGUGCCCUAAGAGGUUUACGCUUUUUCCAAAUCUUAAGAAUGGUACGCAUGGACCGCCGCGGUGGAACAUGGAAACUACUGGGCAGUGUAGUAUACGCACACAGACAAGAACUUAUCACCACUAUGUACAUUGGAUUCCUAGGCCUUAUUUUUGCAUCGUUCCUGGUGUAUUUGAUGGAGAAAGAUGUCAAUGACAAAUUCAAUAAUUUUGCACAAGCCCUAUGGUGGGGAGUGAUAACCCUGUGUACAGUGGGCUAUGGAGACAUGGUUCCGGAAACAUGGCAAGGCAAACUUAUAGCAUCAUUUUGUGCUUUAUUAGGCAUAUCAUUUUUCGCGUUGCCAGCGGGCAUAUUGGGCAGUGGCUUUGCUUUGAAGGUGCAACAACAGCAGCGGCAGAAACACAUGAUACGACGUCGCCAGCCUGCAGCCUCACUCAUACAGGCGUUGUGGCGCUGCUAUGCAGCAGACGAGCAUUCGAUAUCUGUGGCCACAUGGAAGAUACACCAGGUCGCAUUGCCCAGUCCACCAGCCUCUUCUGAGUAUUGGGAUAGACUGUUUAAGAGUUUAAUUGAAUCUAGGAGAGCAUCAUCUAGUUUUAAGCACAACGCCUCGUUUGUGGCCCGCCUUCCAACCAUUCGCCGCCACAAGCCGCCGCCCUCAACACAAUCGCCCGGCGGCGACAGUCUCAGCGUCAAGACAGCAGUGGCCACCAAUCGGGUCUCCCGCUACACCCGCAAUCUCCGUGAAAUGAACCAGUCCGUGGAGAAUCUCGAAGUGGUACAAAAUGGACGAUCGUUAAAUGCGAGUUUUAGCGAAGACUCAGUCGCUGAUACCACAUUUUUGAAAAAGAAUUCCGAUGGGUUGAGCCCUCGAUAUUUGGGACAACAUGCAAGAAGACAUAGUUGGGGCUCAUUGAGUAACAUAUCUAGCAAAAGUCCCAACGAAAGCAUUCAGCUGAGACAGUUCAACGGAUCGGGCCACGAAGCCGAGGGUGCUGCAGCGGCCACCAACAACUGUGAUAGGGGGGAACCGGACCAUCCGAUCGAUACAACCACCAAAAACAAAAUAAUGCUCAGCAAUGUCACUUCCAUACCCAUUGUACUCUGCGGCAUCCUGCAAGAUGAACUGUUCGGUUCGAAUUUCUCCUUGGGUCGCCAAAGCCCCGGAGGCACCGCAAGCAGGGAGCAGACCGAACGCAUGCUAUACGAAGAACACAAAGCCUACAUCCAAUCGCAGAUGAUGGCGGACGAAAGCGGUCAAAAUCACACGACGACGCGAUUCACGUGUGAAGGAAACGAGGAUGAUGAGCCACGCUGCACUCAACUGACAAAUCAGCAUAAGACUGCCAUACGUUUUAUUAGAAAGCUUAAAUAUUUUGUGGCCCGUCGUAAAUUCAAAGAAGCCCUAAAGCCAUACGACGUUAAAGAUGUAAUGGAACAGUAUGCCGCGGGACAUGUUGACCUGUUGGGGCGAGUUAAAAAUGUGCAUGCCAGGCUGGAUCAAAUAUUGGGAAAGCAGGGUUCCAAAUCAAAAGACGCUUAUGCUUCGAAAAUAAGCUUAGCUUCAAGAGUGGUCAAAGUCGAAAGACAGGUGGCCGAUAUAGAAGAAAAAUUAGAUAUUUUAAUUAAAGCCUACAUGGAGGACCGUCAACGGUUUCAAAAUCUUCCCCCCCUAACUCCUCAGGUCUCAAAACAUUCCAACAUCAACAAUCACCUCCCUAACAUCAUCGAAAACAGUCAAUCGAGUAUUGUAAAUACUAACCGAAGAAGCAAUGAGUGGCUUAAUCGCUCAGCGAAAAUGACCGACGCCACAACAUCAACAGCGGCAAUUGCGGCAAUGGCUGUGUUGGACCAACCAUCCUCAUCGACGUCGUCACAGGCAGCACAACAGGGGACCACAGAAUCUGAAUACACAAAGUCUUCCCAAACCAGUUCAUAUCCUCUGUCGACCGAUAUUAGGCCGACUUGUGUUUAUAAACAACGUGGCAGUGAUGGUUUUAUAGCCGAAAUAGAAAAUAGAGCAAAGAAGAGAGUAACACUAAGAUCAAUAUCACAACCAUAUGAGCAAGUCUGCCAAGUGGACGAAGUAUCGAUAUCAAUACCAACCACGGAAUCGCAAUCACUUGGUUCCAGUCCAAGUCAACCAAGGCCGGAGAGUUCAAUUAUACUAAUUGACGAAUUUGAGGACGCAGAAGAAGAGGAUCUCAAUUGCGAAGAGGAAUUCGACCAAUAUCACCCGUCAUGGGAAAUCGACAGUGAUGCCAUUGUCGAUGCUGAUGCUGAUGCAGAUGAAACAACAGAAGACACGGCCUUAUUGCACCGACCAACACGUACUGCUAUUGUUAUCACACCUAUUAGUCCCGUAAACUCCGCACACAAUCUCCAGAGUAUGGAUGACCAAAAUAAUGCUCCUACAAUCAAUAAAUCAAAUUUACUAUCGCCGGAUUCCGGAUAGCAAAUGUAAUAUAUUUUUUUAUUAUCGCUUACAAUUUAUACUCCUGUGUUCAUAAGAAACUAAAGUUAAUAUAUUUCAAUAAAAACAAAUGUAGAUGCGUAAAAUUCAUAAUAGUUAUGGUAAUAAAGAAAGAAACAAUAAUUA